AUGACCCGGUUUAACGGCUGCAUAGAUUUGCAUCACGGCAAAGUGAAGCAGAUUGUAGGUGGGUCUCUGUCCGAUAAGUCGCCAGAGCAACUUACCACCAACUUCGUUUCUGAAGAAUCACCUAGCUAUUAUGCUAAUCUGUAUCAAAAUCAAGGAGUUACUCGCUGUCAUGUCAUAAAACUGGGACCAAAUAAUGAUGAAGCUGCUAAAGAAGCUCUUCAAACAUGGCCUGGCGGACUUCAAGUUGGGGGAGGCAUUACACUUGAAAAUGCAAAAGAGUGGCUGUCUUUAGGCGCAUCGAAGGUUAUUGUGACCAGUUAUCUGUUUCCUGAUGCACAAUUUUCGAAAGAAAGAUUGAUUGAACUAUCUGAACGUGUCGGCAAAGAGAAUUUGGUUGUGGAUGUCAGUUGCCGUAGAAAAGGAGAUAAAUGGGUUGUAGCAAUGAAUAAAUGGCAAACCAUGACGGACAUGGAAGUAAAUAAAGAUACAUUGGAUAUGCUUAGUCAAUACUGCAGUGAAUUCUUGAUUCAUGCUGCUGAUGUUGAAGGUCUUUGCAAUGGAAUUGAUGAAGAACUUGUUGAAUGCCUUGGAAAAUGGGUCAAUAUUCCAACUACUUACGCAGGUGGCGGAAGAUCCUUAGAAGAUUUAAAGCUUGUUGACAAGCUAUCUAAUGGUAAGGUUGAUUUAACAUUUGGAAGUGCUCUGGAUAUUUUUGGUGGAACUGGAGUUACUUUCAAAGAAUGUGUUGAGUGGAAUAGCAAACACCCCGCAUAA